AUGCGUGUGAGACUGGAUGAAACCAGAACAACCUCUGCAAAAACUAAGACUGUGCAGUUGUCCAAUAUAUUUUCAGACCAUUACAUCACAGGAGAACCAGUCAAAAAUGUCUUGACCCUGGGAAUAGCAGGAGUAGGGAAAACAGUUGCUGUGAAGAAGUUUGUCUUGGACUGGGCAGAGGAAACACAGAACAAAAAUAUGUUCCUCAUUUUUGUGCUUCCAUUUAGAGAGUUGAACAUGCAUACUGACAAGAAUUACAGCCUUUUUGACCUUUUACAGAAAUGUCACUCCAACUGUGAAGGCCUGACAACAGCGUUUGAAUCAAAAGACAAACAAAUUCUUUUUGUCUUUGAUGGUCUGGAUGAGGGUAGGCUGGAUCUCUUCAAAUCUUUCAUCAGCAGCCCUACAGAAAAAGCUCCAGUCGCAGUGCUUAUCUCGAGUCUGAUUAAAGGUGACCUACUGCCAUCUGCACUCAUUUGGGUGACAUCAAGACCUGCAGCUGCUGAUAAGAAACUACAAGAUCUCUUCGACCUUGUGACGGAAAUUCAAGGUUUUAGUGAAGACCAAAGAGAAGGGUAUUUUCAUAGGGCCAUUCCAGAAAGAGCUGAAGAAAUCAUAUCACACCUAAAAUCAAGACGAAGCCUCUACAUAAUGUGCCAUAUUCCAGUCUUCUGUCAUAUCACAGCGGUUGUGAUGCAUAAUAAGUACAAAGAAAGAACCAAGACAGAAGAGGACCUCCUCAUUAAACUGGGAAAAUUGGCAUUCAAAUAUCUUGAGAAAGACACACUGAUUUUCUACGAGAAGGACCUGCGUGAAUGUCACAUUGACGUUAAGUCAGGAGCAUUGCAGGUAGGACUUUGCACGCAGAUCUUCAAGGAAGAGACUGCUGUCUGUGGAAGACACAUGUUCAGCUUUGUGCAUCUGAGUGUGCAGGAAUUCCUGGCAGCUCUUUAUAUGCUCCACAUGCAUGCAACUAGUAAGACGAAUCUCUUUAUCACAUCCUUCCGGCAAAAGGUCAAGUGGUUGCAUGACAAUUCAAGGUUCAACCUGUACAAGUGUUGCCUGAAAAAGGCUUUAUUGAGUCAGAAUGGACAUUUGGAUCUUUUUGUGCGCUUCAUUCUUGGACUGGCUCCGUUGCUGGAGCCGAAAAUCAAGUACCCUCUGAACGCAAUUCUACCAGAUCUGUCAGAGGAUGUCAAGGAAAUGAGCAUCACCAAAACAGUUGAUUACAUCAAGAGGCAGAUCAGUGAAGACAUCUCACUCGAACGUACCAUCAACCUCUUUCACUGUUUGAAUGAGCUUGGGGAUACCUCGCUGGUGGAGGAGAUUAAAAGAUACAUGAGCUCAUCCACAGAGAAGAACCUGACACCUGUCCAGUGCUCAACUCUGGCUUAUCUACUGCUCGUGUCAGCUGAGGUCCUGGAUGAGUUUGAUCUGAAGAAAUAUCUCAGAUCAGAGGAAGGGCUACACAGAAUGCUUCCUGUUAUUUGCAUUUCCCAAAGAGUUCAGCUAAAUCAGUGUCAACUGUCCAAAGCUAGCUGUGGGAUGCUGGCAUCUACUCUCCAAAGGUCAUAUUCCAAUAUGCAAGAAUUGGACAUGAGUGACAAUUACCUUCAGGAUAUAGGAGUGGAGCUGCUCUGUAAGGGACUGAAAGUACCGCAAUGCAAGCUAGCGAAACUGAGGCUCUCUUCGUGUCUAAUCUCAGCGAAGGGUUGUACAUUUCUGGCUGUAGCUCUUACCUCCAACCCCUUCCACUUAAAAGAGUUGGAUCUCAGUUAUAAUCAUCCUGGCAAAUCUGGACUGAAACUAUUGUCUGCCAGACUGGAGGAUCCUCACUGUAAACUAGAGCUACUGAAGUAUUUGCACACCACAUUUGAAUGGGAAAUGUUCAUGUCAAAAGAUGCCUGUGAUGUCACUCUGGACCCAAACACAGCAUUCAGGCAUCUCUCUCUCUCAGAGGGGAACAGAGAGGUGACGUGGGUGAAUAAGGAGCAGCUGUUUCCUGACCACCCAGACAGAUUUGACUACUAUAAUCAGGUGUUGUGUAGAGAGGGUCUGUCUGGACGUUGCUACUGGGAAGUUGAGUGGAUUUGGCCUGAUGGGGCUCAUAUAGCUGUGGCCUAUAAAAGCAUCAAGAGGAAAGGGAAGGGUGAUGAUGUCAUGAUGGGACGGAAUGCCAAGUCCUGGUCACUCUACUGCUCUACUGCCAUAACUGCCCCCUCUUCCCGCUCCAAUAGAGUAGGAGUGUACCUGGACUGGCCGGCCGGCACACUGUCCUUCUACAGCGUCUCUUCUGACAAACUCACACACCUGCACACGUUCCACUCGACCUUCACUGAGCCCCUCUAUCCUGGGUUUUGGGUUGGUUUUCGCUCCUCAGUGUCCCUGUGCCAGAUCACAUGA